GUGUGUGAGAGAGAGAGUGUGUGUGUGUGUAUGUGUGUGUGUGUGUGAGUGUGCGUGUGCCGGUGAGCGGCGCGGGGCGGCUCCGGCCGCCUGACGCCAGCCGGGCCACAUCCAUCCCGMUCCCGAUUGCGAUCCCGAUCCCGGCGCGGAGGAGCUGCCCGCCGGCCGCCCGUCACCGGUUGUCAACCAGAAGGAUUUAGAAUAAUGAGAAGGUUGUGACCAUCAAGGGGGGAUGUCAUCUCUGCCUUCCUGGGACUGGAGGAUUGAAAAGGAGAAAGGACCAGAAUUGUUUGAUACAGGCUGCUUUUGAGUGCUGGCACAAUCUGCUGUACCCUGGUGGUGGUGGAAGAACAGGGCAGUCGUUCCUGUUUGGUUUUGUGGUAUUACCACAGUGGGGUCACCAUGAAUGUGACAAGUUUAUUCUCCUUCACCAGCCCGGCAGUGAAGAGGCUGUUGGGGUGGAAGCAAGGGGAUGAAGARGAGAAAUGGGCAGAGAAAGCUGUUGAUGCAUUAGUGAAAAAACUGAAGAAGAAAAAAGGUGCUAUGGAGGAGCUGGAAAAAGCACUAAGCUGUCCUGGUCAGCCCAGCAACUGUGUCACAAUUCCUCGUUCCUUGGACGGCCGGCUCCAGGUGUCGCACCGGAAAGGGCUCCCACACGUCAUUUACUGCAGAGUGUGGCGCUGGCCAGACCUGCAGAGCCAUCACGAACUGAAACCUCUGGAAUGCUGUGAGUUCCCCUUUGGUUCAAAACAGAAGGAGGUUUGCAUCAAUCCCUACCACUACAAGCGGGUGGAAAGUCCUGUCCUUCCUCCGGUGCUGGUUCCAAGGCACAGUGAGUACAACCCCCAGCACAGCCUCUUGGCGCAGUUCCGCAACCUGGGACAAAACGAGCCCCACAUGCCGCACAACGCGACUUUCCCGGACUCUUUCCAGCAGCCCAACAGCCACCCGUUCCCCCACUCGCCCAACAGCAGCUACCCAAACUCGCCUGGAAGCAGCAGUAGCACCUAUCCACAUUCUCCAGCCAGCUCAGACCCAGGAAGUCCUUUCCAGAUGCCAGCUGAUACUCCYCCACCUGCUUACCUGCCUCCGGAAGAUCCAAUGACACACGAUACCUCCCAGCCCAUGGAUACCAACAUGAUGGCACCUGCAAUUCCCCCUGAYGUACAUAGAGAAGACAUGCAGGCAGUUGCUUAUGAAGAGCCGAAGCACUGGUGCUCCAUUGUCUACUACGAGCUGAACAAUCGCGUCGGAGAGGCGUUCCACGCGUCCUCCACCAGCAUCCUGGUGGAUGGCUUCACUGAUCCCUCAAACAACAAGAACAGAUUCUGCCUGGGGCUGCUCUCCAACGUCAACCGCAACUCCACCAUUGAGAACACGAGGCGGCAYAUUGGCAAAGGUGUCCAUCUCUACUAUGUUGGHGGGGAGGUGUACGCUGAAUGUCUGAGUGACAGCAGUAUCUUUGUGCAAAGUCGGAACUGCAACUACCACCACGGGUUCCAUCCCACCACAGUCUGCAAAAUCCCCAGUGGCUGCAGUCUGAAGAUUUUCAAUAAUCAAGAGUUUGCUCAGCURUUGGCUCAGUCGGUGAACCAUGGCUUUGAGACAGUGUAUGAGCUUACUAAGAUGUGCACUCUACGGAUGAGUUUUGUAAAGGGUUGGGGAGCUGAGUAUCAUCGCCAGGAUGUAACGAGCACUCCAUGCUGGAUAGAGAUACAUCUCCAUGGUCCCCUUCAGUGGCUGGAUAAAGUACUUACUCAGAUGGGCUCUCCUCAUAAUCCUAUUUCUUCAGUGUCUUAAAAGGUCCCAAGCUCCUGCAUUUUGGAAACAGUUGAGCCUUGCAUGUACUUGAAAGAUGUAUGAGUCAGACACACAUUUUUAUUUUUUUCCCCCUCAACUGGCAACAGCUGAAAAAAAAGCCAUGAAAACACUUGACUUCUGUGACCAACUGUUGGAUUCAGAAAACAAAGAUAAAUAAACCCCUUUGACAUAC